AAAGUGAAGCAACUAAAUCUCGAUUGAAUCAUGUGGGGCUGAUUCUUACAUCGGUCAGUACGAUUCUGGUUCCAGAAAUUGAAAACCGAGUGAGAUCAUUUCGGAACCGGGCGAGCAUCCCACUCCCACCCAAACCUGGAGCGAUGCGCACCCCUGAUUAAUAGCAGUUCUCACGCUCAUCACUUGUCAUCCCACGCUCUCUCGCCGCCUGUAACCGCGCGCCCUACCCUAACUCCCAAGCGCGCCUGCACCGACCGCUAUCUCUCCACCCUCCCAAUUCCCAAGCGCGCCCCGCCCCUCUCUCCCCGGCCCCUUCUUCGCUUCCCCAUAUCUUCUUCGGACGCGGGUAGUACACCGAGGCAGGGGACCUUUCAACCAUUCAUCAUCCCUCGUGGCCUACUGUUCCCGAUCGCCGCCGCGCACCUGUCCGGCCCGCCCCCUUCAGUGGCUCGGCCUUCUUCCUCUUCAUGCCUUUGUUGAAGCCCGCAAGCUUUUCGACGUAAUGCCUGGGACAACCCAAUGAACUGCCCGCUCCUCCACGAGAGGCAGAACCAAACUUGGAAAUCCGGGUUCAGAUCGGAGUCGUAUUACUUUGGUAUUCGGAUCCAGUUACAGGAUCCAACCCGAAUCCGGUCUGCCCUCCUUCUGCGAGCCUCAACCCGACGCUUCCUAAACCCUAACACCGUGAACCUUCGUUUUGUUGGCUCCCCAUGGCGUCCUCGAAGAACAAAACCGCCGUCCGUGGGUCGGACGGCGACGGAGAAAACGGCGAGGCUGAUUUAUCUCAAGACGUGGAGUGGCUUUCUUCCCUUUCCGAGUCCGAGCUCGAUUUUCUUAUCGGUUUAAAAGAAUUGGUCACUAGAAGGGCGAAGAAUGCGGGCUGUAAAGAUCUAGCUGAAAAGUUUGAUGCGAGGAUGCUCCAUGCUCUUGGAAUUGUCUUGAUGGAACAUUUUAAGGCACACGCUGAAAGUGCCUCCAUAACUACAAAUGUGCUUCAGACAUCUGCAUUGUUGAGAGAGUGCAAUUUGGCGACUCCAAAUCGCGAGAAGAAUCCUGGCUCUGUUACAAUUAGUGAAGAUAUCAGAACAUCAAGUUUUGUCACUCCAAGACGAAAGCGGAUGUGGGAAGGACUAUGUGAAGAGAGAGCUUCCAGUAGCAAGAAAAGGAAAACAGCAAGAAAACUCAUGUGACCUUUUUGUACCAGUUUCCGGAGCAAGAACGUGGUUCUUUUGCACUCCCACGCCAUCAUGCCAGUGUAUAUCAUUUCAGUUCCUUUUCUCUUUCUUUCUUUCUUCCUUUCUUCUUCUUCUUCUUCAUUUGUGAGAUGGUUCAUCUCAUGCAAUACUACCAUUUGAUUGUAGACUGAGGUGCUCUAAAGGUAAAUGAAUAUUCUUGAAGUUUAAGAACUUCAGUACUCAUUGUAAUUGUUUCAUUGCUCCAAAUUGCUGAUUGCAUUGUUCUUAUCAGUAAAGCAUCAUCUUUUUAGAAAGUACAAUUUCUUGAACUUUUUUUUUUUUACCCCUUGUUCUUGCCAUGCUCAUUUCUUAGUCUCUCGGCAGCUGAACGCAUGUUUGUCCAUGACAACCAAAUUGCAAAUUGACAUCUGUUGUCAAAUUACUGAAAAUUAGAUUUUAUAGCGAGACAUGGUGAGCCGUCUUCAUUAUUAUUAUUUUUUAUUGUGUAUUUUUGAUGUAUGGGUCUAUUCUCCAUCUAUUGAAUAAAAGAAAUUGUUAAAGUUGAC